AUGGGUUGUUUCAGUGUAAUCUUUCACCAUGGAGGAAACUUUGUGCAUGAAAAUCACACGUUUUAUACGGGAGGGAGUGAAACCAUCGUGGUAGGUCAAGACUCUGAUAAGUGGAGUUUCUUUGAAGCUGUCGGUUUGGUCAAAGACAAGGGUUAUGAUGGCUUUAGGCUUUGGAGGAAGAUUCCACAAAUGGACGAAGGGUUUACUCAUGUUGUUGAUGAUGCACAAGUUGGAGACAUUGCCAAUCACUGCAUGUCUUGUAAAGUGGAUGGACACAUUUGGGUAGAACAUGGGGUUCAAGACAUUAGGACCAAGAUGUUCAACCCUGAUAUUGAAAUGUUUAAUGAUUGCAGUGAAAAUGAAAAUACUGAUGAUGAUUACAUAAUAUUUGAUGACAGUGAAGAAGAAAGAGCAUGUGAAGUAGAAGAUGAACACUUUAAGCGAGUGGAAGUAGAAAUAUAUGUAAGUGGGAAUAGGGUUGAGGUAAAUGGUAAAUCAUUGACAAGGCCGGAUACCAAUAUUUCCAAAAAAAAAAGGAGGAAUGCAAAUAACUUUGGAAAGACUGAGGUUGAUUAUGAUAGUGAAGAGCUGGAUAGUUCAGACCCUAAUGAAAGUGAGAAGGAGGAUGAGAGACCAUCAAACCAAAGUAUGAGCAAUUCAGAGGUGAGCUUCAAGUUAGGUAUGGAAUUCAAACCUCUGGCUAAAUUUAAGGAUGCAAUUAGGGAGUGGUCUGUGUUAAAUGGAAGAGAGAUAACAUUUGUCAAGAAUGAGGGCUACAGGGUAUCUAAACUAGUUUUUGAAAAGAGGAAGUCACAAGGUAAAGUUAAAGUUAGUGAAAUCAUGUCUGAACUGCGCCAAAAAUACUUAGUUUCCAUAACCCUAGGCAAGGCUUGGAGAGCUAAAUCAAUGGAAGAGAAAAUAAUUGAAGGGGAUGUAAAGGAGCAAUACAACAUGCUCUGGAGUUAUGUAGCUGAGCUAAAGAAGCAUUGUGCUGGUAAUACUGUCAAGAUUAACACUUUGAGGCCAUUGCCAACCAUACAACCAAGAUUUGAAAGGUUUUAUGUUUGGUUUGAUGGUUGUAAAAAGGGGUUUACUAAGGCAUGUAGACCUUUUAUGGGAGUAUAUGGGGGCCACCUUAAGACCCAAUAUGGAGGACAAUUACUAGUAGCUAUUGCAAGGGAUUCAAAUGACCAAUAUGAUCCUUUGGCUUUUGGUGUAGUUGAGACUGAAACUAAGGACAACUGGAAAUGGUUUAUGUAG